AUAAAAGAAAUAUCCAAAGCCGUACGAUUGCGAAUUGCGAUCCUCUUUCGCUCUUCUAUCAGCGUCAAAAACCACACACUCAAUCAACGAGAGGGGCGGAACCAGGUUUUUCCAUUAAUCUUCCCUUCUUCUGCUAUAUAAAGGCCCAUUGUUCACCAAAUCAAAGCUCGUCCAGUUUUUCAAUUUUUUUUCUCGUUGUCAAACAGUUACUUCUCCUACAAAUAUGGGUUUUUCUUGUUUUUUCUUUCGUUUCCAAAAACUCGUCCCCAUGUCCCGUUGAAUGGAUUCCCUUCUUUCCCUUCUCCCCUGAACAAAAAUCUUCAUAAUAAGGUUGGUUCGCUAUUUUCGUCGUCAUCCAGUUCUGUUAAUUUCGGCUAUUAGUUUGUCGUUUAAGUGGUAGUAGCAGCAGCAGCAGCAGCAGCAGUAGUUUUGGUGGUUUGAAGAUUGAGCGUUCGAUGGCUUCCUCCGCUUCGCCUGAGACCCCUAAGCCUAAGAUCAUCACCGGUCCCGGUGGUUAUGUUCUUGAAGAUGUUCCUCACUUAUCGGAUUACAUCCCUGAUCUUCCUGUUUAUACCAAUCCGUUGCAAGACAAUCCGGCAUACUCAGUUGUUAAGCAAUAUUUUGUCCAUGUAGAUGACACCGUUCCUCAAAAGAUUGUUAUUCACAAGGAUAGUCCCAGAGGAGUGCAUUUCCGACGAGCUGGACCACGUCAAAAGGUAUAUUUUCACUCUGAUGAUGUUCUUGCCUGUAUUGUAACCUGUGGUGGUCUUUGCCCCGGACUCAACACUGUGAUUAGAGAGAUCGUAUGCGGCUUGUACCACAUGUAUGGUGUGAAGAAAGUUCUAGGGAUAGAUGGAGGAUACAGGGGUUUUUAUGCUAAAAAUACUGUGCAUUUAGAUCCCAAGGUUGUCAAUGAUAUCCAUAAACGUGGUGGAACAAUCCUUGGAACAUCACGAGGUGGGCAUGAUACCGCAAAGAUUGUUGACAGCAUUCAGGAUCGAGGGAUUAAUCAGGUUUACAUUAUCGGUGGAGAUGGAACUCAGAGAGGAGCAUCUGUUAUAUUUGAGGAAGUUAGAAGGCGUGGUCUUAAAGUUUCAGUUGUUGGAAUACCUAAAACCAUUGACAAUGACGUCCCGGUUAUUGACAAGUCCUUUGGCUUUGAUACUGCUGUGGAAGAGGCUCAACGCGCCAUUAAUGCUGCUCAUGUUGAAGCUGAAAGUUUUGAGAAUGGCAUUGGCCUUGUGAAGUUGAUGGGUCGCUACAGUGGUUUUAUUGCAAUGUAUGCUACUCUUGCAAGCAGAGAUGUGGAUUGUUGCUUGAUACCGGAAUCACCCUUUUAUCUUGAAGGACCUGGAGGACUUUUUGAAUACAUUGAGAGGCGACUUAAAGAAAAUGGGCACAUGGUUCUCGUGAUAGCAGAGGGUGCAGGACAGGAGCUACUUGCUGAAUCAAGUACACAGAAAGAUGCUUCAGGAAACAAGCUUCUCCAGGAUGUUGGACUAUGGGUAUCGCAGAGGAUCAAUGACCACUUUUCAAAAGAAAGGAAGAUGACCAUAAACCUCAAAUAUAUAGACCCUACCUAUAUGAUUCGUGCUAUUCCAAGUAAUGCAUCUGACAAUGUUUAUUGCACACUUCUUGCUCAAAGUGCUGUUCAUGGAGCAAUGGCUGGGUACACUGGAUACACAAGUGGUCUUGUCAACGGCAGGCAGACAUACAUACCUUUCUACCGGAUUACCGAGAAACAAAACAAGGUUGUGAUAACAGAUAGGAUGUGGGCAAGGCUUCUGUCUUCAACGAAUCAACCAAGCUUUUUGCACUCCAAAGAUAUCAUCGAAGACAAGGUCGAUGUGUUGGAUAAUGGAAACUGUAACCCCAAUUGAUGUUUAUAGUUUAUCGAGGCGCAUGUGUAGUGCAUAGUUUAUUAAUAAGCAAAUUAAUCAGCUGUCUAGUGUUCUUGCAAAAGUCCUAAAAUGAUUCUGUUGUGUACUAUUCAGCAUGCUGAGUUUUGGGUUUCCAGAUUGAAUUUUUACCAACUUCUGUUGGGGUUUCGGACAGACCUUAUGUUUGAAUAGUUUAUUAGAUCUUGUAUUUACUUUAUAUUAACGAGUGUUAU